AUGUCGGAGGCCAAUUCCAGAUCAUUCCUUGGCCUUGAAGGCCAGCAUGUUUUUAUCACAGGGGCUGCGGGUGAUAUUGGAGGAGAGACUGUUAGAGAGUUUUUGGAUCACGGAUGCCGAGUCACAACAUACGAUAACCUCCCUCUACAACUUUCCGGCAUUGAUGCCGAAAGGUUUACCCGACUGCAUAUCCUGAAUGGCGGUGUCACUGAUGAGAACUCCAUCCAAUUAGGCUUCGAAAAGGCCGCGAAGCGUUUUGGAACCCCGACGAUCUUGAUCGUCAACUCUGCAAAUAAGUGUACUUCCCAUGAAUAUCCUAUUUGGGACCUGGCUCUAGAGGAAUGGGAAAAGAACUAUACCUUAAAUGUUCGCGGAGCAUUCCUGGCCAUUAAACAUUUCCUUCGAAGUGUACGCGACUACCAGGCGGCUUCGGGAGUUACUUUAGCGAAUCCAGCUAUUAUUGUGACCGAAGCUGUAGCUAGUACCGGGUUUGCUGCUGGAAAAGCUGGUCUUCAUUAUGGUCUUCUCAAAAGCGUGCAAGAUGAAAUAGUUCUGCUGAAUGAAGAAGGAAGAAUUAACGCUGUUUCAAUCGGUUCAUGUGAAAACACUGGCGAGAAAAGCGCCACACCGGCAGAUGUAGCCCGUACAAUGGCAUUUCUAGCCUCGAAGCGGGCAGCUGGACACAUCUCUGGACAGUGUAUCCAAGUUGAAGGCACCGAGUCUUCCACUAAGUCUUCUGUCAAAGCCAUCGAGUGUAGGAAAAAGGCUACGAAAGCAACACAGUCAAUUCCUGCGUCACUACCAAAGCCAAAACGAAACAAGAUCCGUGUGGCCGUUUCAAUAGAUCUAGAUGCUGUCUCGGGAUGGCUGGGUACAAACUCUCACCCAGACAACGUUCUGGCAGACUACUCAUCCGGCUUUUUCGCAGCGCGAGUCGGCGUCCCUCGACUGCUCCGCAUGCUGAAAAAGCUAGAUCUCUCCAAUCGUUGCACCUGGUUUAUUCCAGGCCAUUCCGCCGAGAGCUUUCCGGAGGAAGUAAAGCAGGUAGUCGCAUCUGGCUGCGAGAUUGGAUUACACGGAUAUGCACACGAGGGCGCCUACCAACUCACGCCGGAGCAAGAGCGUGACGUACUGGUAAAGUGCAUGGAGAUUGCGCAGAAUUUAACUGGUAAGAAGCCAGUAGGCUACCGAGCACCCUUGUAUCAGCUGCGUGAAUCCACGCUAGAUCUCCUCGAAGAGUUCGGAUUUGAAUAUGAUGCCUCACUCACCGAUCACGACUGCCAUCCUUUCUUCGCACCAAAGCGCCCCCCUCUUCAACCAAUCGACUUCUCGAAACCAGCUUCUACAUGGAUGCACCCCGUUCAGCAAUCAUCCUCCGUGCCAGAUCGACGUCCCUUGGUCUGUGUACCCUGCAACUACUACAUGGAAGACAUGACACCUAUGCAAUUUCUCCCACAUACAGAGAAUUCCCAGGGGUAUGUCGAUGUGCGGGUAAUUGAGAAUCUGUGGCGCGAUCGAUUCUUGUGGAUUCGUGAUAACGAGGAAGAGCCUAUCUUCCCAGUCUUAAUGCAUCCGGAUACUAGUGGUAUGGCUCAUGUAAUUGGUAUGUUGGAGCGUAUGCUUCGAUGGCUGAAGGAUUGGGAGCGUGAAGGCGAGGUUGAGUUUUUGCAAACUGGCGAUAUUGCAAGGUGGUGGAAGGAAAAACAGUUGGGUGAUACGAAAUGA